AAGCCCUGACAUGGGGGGAUUCACCGUAGAUUUUAUGGAAAAAUGAAAGGUGUCCUUACAAAGUACAAUUGCUCGUGCAAAAUACAAGUCCUGAAGGGGUUAAGCAUGUUUUAGUUGAGAGAUGUUUCCCAACCUCCUUCACAUAACCCUGUUGCUGCAAUGCAGAGGAGGACAUAACUGGUAGGCCUCUGCCUGUAACAACGGGAAACUGUCUGCGCACUUGUGUAUGAAUAAAGUUCUAGGAAUUUGAAUGUUUUUUUUCCCUUCCUUUCGCAAGGGCUUUCUGGGAGGUGUAGUCCGGCUCUGGUGACUGGGAGAGGCAGGGAAGCAGAGAAGACAGCGCCGUGACCCUCCAGCAAUCUCCGUGGUUCCCGGGUGACCUAGAUGUGAAUCCUGCUCCGAGAAGAUGACGGCCAUCAAGCACGCCCUACAGAGGGAUAUAUUUACCCCAAAUGAUGAGCGUCUUCUGAGUAUUGUCAAUGUCUGCAAAGCUGGGAAGAAGAAGAAAAACUGCUUUCUAUGUGCUACGGUGACAACAGAGUGGCCAGCACAGGUCAGAGUGGUGAAGGUGAAGAAGUCUGAUAAGGGGGACUUCUACAAAACACAGACUGCGUGGCUACUGAAUGACCUGUCUAUGGUGGAUGCCAAAGAUGCUCUUAAAGAAAGUCCAGAUUUUGACCUCCAUUUUGACAAAGUCUACAAGUGGGUCGCCAGCAGUCCUGCUGAGAAGAAUGCCUUUAUUUCCUGCAUCUGGAAGCUGAACCAGCGAUAUCUAAGGAAAAAAAUUGACUUUGCAAAUGUCAGCUCCCAGCUUUUGGAAGAACUCCCUAAAGUUGCUGAAGAAUCUGUUCCCAGUGGGGAGAAUCAGAGUGUGACCGGAGGAGAAGAGGAGGCAGCCGAGUACCAAGAGCUAAAUACUCGAGAGAAGCAGGACAUUGAGUUCAUGAUGGAGGGCUGUGAAUAUGCUAUUUCUAAUGCAGAAGCCUUUGCAGAAAAGUUAUCUAGGGAGCUUCAGGUUCUGGAUGGGGCAAAUAUCCAAUCCAUCAUGGCUUCAGAGAAACAAGUGAACAUCCUGAUGAAGCUGUUGGAUGAGGCUCUGAAGGAGGUGGACCAGAUAGAAGGAAAGUUAAGCAGCUAUGAGGAGAUGCUUCAGAGUGUGAAGGAGCAGAUGGAUCACAUCUCUGAAAGCAACCACCUGAUCGAGCUCAGCAAAGCCAACAGUGAGACCCUGCUGGGAGAAAUUGAGUUUCUUGUGAACCAUAUGGACCUAUCUAAAGGUCACAUUAAAGCACUUCAGGAUGCUGAUCUUUCUUCAUCACGUGGGAUUGAGGCCUGCACAAAUGCAGCAGAAGCGCUUCUACAGUGCAUGAAUGUCACUCUCCAGCCAGGACACGCCAUGCUUCAGGCUGUCAAGCAGCAGCAGCAGAUGUUCAGAGACCUCCGAGAGCAGUUUGCUCGUAGACUAGCCAGCCACUUGAACAAUGUGUUCGUCCAACAGGGCCAUGAUCAGACUUCCACCCUUUCUGUUGAAAUUACACUACCCAACCACCAUCCUUUUCACCGUGACCUUCUGCGAUAUGCAAAGUUGAUGGAUUGGCUAAAAACCACAGAGUAUACCAGAUAUGAGGGACUUACCAAGAACUAUAUUGAUUAUAUUGUCCGCCUAUAUGACCGAGAGAUCAGGGACUUUUUCGAAGUGGCUAAAAACAAAAUGACUGGUGUUGCUAAGGAAGGAAAAAAGUUUGAUAAUGUUGGUUCCACAAGAAUAAUCAAUAAACACGCUACGCUGCCUCGAAAAGAGAGUGCCGUGAAACAGGAGACAGAAAGUCUUCAUGGCAGCUCCGGGAAGCUGACAGGAUCCACAUCAAGUCUGAAUAAACUCUCGGUGCAGAGUUCGGGAAGCCGCAGAUCUCAGUCCUCUUCAUUGCUAGAUAUGGGCAACAUGUCUGCUUCUGACUUGGAUGUAGCUGACCGCACCAAAUUUGACAAGAUCUUUGAACAGGUCUUAAGUGAACUGGAGCCGCUCUGUCUAGCGGAACAAGACUUCAUCAGUAAAUUCUUUAAUCUAUCUCAACAUCAGAGCAUGCCUCGGACACCCAUGGAUGAAGAUGAUGCAGAUGGCGGUGGAGUAUCUCGAUUACAGAACUCAAGCAUGACAGCAUCCUCAGAGAAGGAAAUGAUCCGACAGAUGAUGACACACAUCUUUCGCUGCAUAGAACCAGAACUUAACAACCUUAUUGCCUUGGGGGACAAGAUUGACAGCUUCAACUCUCUGUACAUGCUGGUUAAGAUGAGCCACCACGUGUGGACUGCCGAGAAUGUGGACUCUGCCUCCUUCCUCAGUACUACUCUUGGCAAUGUCCUGGUUACUGUGAAAAGGAAUUUUGAUAAGUGCAUAACCAAUCAGAUCAAGCAGAUGGAGGAUGUUAAAAUCUCCAAAAAGAGCAAAGUCGGCAUUCUUCCAUUUGUGUCGGGGUUUGAAGAGUUUGCUGAACUGGCCGAGUCAAUCUUUCGAUCAGCGGAAAGACGGGGAGACUUGGAUAAAGCUUACACAAAACUGAUCAGAGCAGUUUUCAUAAAUGUCGAAAAAGUUGCAAAUGAAAGUCAGAAGACUCCUCGAGAUGUCGUCAUGAUGGAAAACUUUCACCACAUCUUUGCUACUCUUUCUCGGUUAAAGAUCUCCUGUUUGGAAGCAGAAAAAAGAGAAGCCAAGCAGAAAUAUAAUGACCAUCUCCAAUCAUACGUCAUAUAUUCACUGGGACAUCCUCUGGAGAAAUUAAAUAUUUUCUUUGAAGGGGUUAAAGCACGUGUGGCCCAGGGAAUUGGCUAUGAUGAAGUAAGCUACCAAUUGGCAUUCAGCAAGCAAGAGUUGCGUAAAGUCAUAAAGGACUAUCCUGGUAAAGAGGUGAAGAAGGGACUAGAUAACCUCUACAGAAAGGUGGACAAGCAUCUUUGUGAGGAGGAGAACCUAUUGCAGGUGGUUUGGCACACCAUGCAGGAUGAAUUUAUCCGCCAGUAUAAGCACUUUGAGGGUUUGAUUGAGAAAUGUUACACUGGAGCAGGUAUCACCAUGGAAUUCACCAUUCAAGACAUCCUGGAGUAUUUCUCUAGUAUUGCACAAUCUCAUUAGCAUAGCCGGAUGGUUUUAAAGGAAUACACCAAGAAGAAGCUGAUUCAGUCUGUUAUGCCUAGUAUACUGUCUCAUAUGUGCACUUUCUUGUCGUGCCAUGCGCUAGGCAUUACAUAUUUGUAUUUUUUUUCUUUCUGAAGAGUUUCUUUAGGAAAUAAAAAGCACUUUACGUGUCAUGAAAGAGAAGAGGAUAAAUGUAAUAAGCUGUAAACAUUUCCUUCUUAGCUCAAACACUGCACUCCAGUAACCGGACUCUGUACCUAACAUUAUGGUAAUGUGUGAUGUGUCAACAAGGAGCAAGCUACAUUUAGCUCUAACAGAGCACUGCUGAAUGUCAGAUAGGAUCUUAUUCAAUAUUUUGUGGAAGCUGUGUAAUCCGUGUUCAGCUCGACCUCCUGCGUCCUACUGCGCACAGACUGGUACGGGCCGUACCCUGUGCUGGCAAUGGCAAAAUGAAGGAGAAAUGUCCAGCGCACGUUCCCGUUA